AUGAUAAAGCUGCCCAGCGCGUGUCUUAGUCAUCCCCGUUCUCAGCCUCUUUGUGGCCGUGCGACUCCACCAACACCAGCCCUGCAUAAAGCUCCAGUCCCUCUAAGGCGCUUCACGAGGGCUAAUCUAGUCGCGUCAUGUGGCAUAAACAGUCACACAAUACAACAUAACCCACCCUCACUCUGCUUCUUUGGCCGGCCCGAAGCCAUGUUCAACAUCUCGAAUUUGGUGCAGAAGGCGCAGCAAUACAUCGAACCCACGCUCAACACCAUAGCCGCGCCCGCAUCGUCAGACCGCCGACCCUCCAAAGCCACACUCUUCCGCUACCAAUUCCGCCUACCCGACUCGCAGAACCCCCUCCAAGAGAUUACCGCCGAGCUUACCCUCCAACCCCACCAUUCCACGAGGGGCCCCGGCGAUGUCACAUCGGAGAAGGAGCGCAGCCAGGGCAACCACUAUGUCGGCAAGCUGCACCUGAGCGAGCAGUAUCUCUGCUUCUCCACACAGGGCUCAAGCUUCGCCAAUACCGCUAGCCUCAGCUCAUCGAGCAGCUUCACCGGGCAGACUCAUGGGGCGGGACCUGCGGGCAAUGGUUUCACGUUACCACUAUGCGGCAUACGGCGGGUGGAGCGACUGCAUAGUCAGAGCUACAUGUUCGCGCUGGCGAUUACAACGUGGAACGGCAUACCAGACUCGAAAUCGCAGGUACCUGCUGGUCAGAAGCUCACGAUUCAGCUGGCGGGGUCUCGACAGGCAUGCGAACGCUUUUGCGAUGCUCUCAAGAAGGGGCUGAGAGAAGGCGUCAAGGAGGUAGACAAUCUGCGCAAAGUAGUGGGGCAAUGCUACUCGGAGUAUCUUCUCACAGACGCCGAGCAGAAGAAGGCCGGAGACGAUGGCAAACAAGCGCGGGAACACCCAGAUACCGGCCUAGGCAUGAUCUUCAAAUAUCCAGGCAACGCGCGGAAGCUGAGGGAUGCGACAAAGAUACGGCUAUGGCGCGAGUAUCUUAGAGCAGAUAAUGGCCGAAGUGCGACUCUCAUCCGACAACCUACUUUCCACAAGCUCAUUCGCGUCGGUCUGCCGAAUCGGUUGCGAGGCGAGAUGUGGGAGCUCACAUCGGGCGCCUUCUUCCUGCGCCUGCAGAACCCGAACCUCUAUACCCAGACCCUAGCAAAGUUCUCCGGGCGAGAGUCGUUAGCGAUCGAUGAGAUUGAGAAGGACCUUAACAGGAGUCUGCCGGAGUAUCCAGGCUUUCAGUCCGAAGAGGGAAUCGGCCGACUCCGACGAGUCUUGACGGCAUACAGCUGGACAAACGAGGAGGUUGGCUACUGCCAGGCGAUGAACAUUGUGGUCGCAGCACUGCUGAUAUACAUGUCCGAGACUCAGGCCUUUUUCCUCCUAUCCGUGCUGUGUGACCGCCUCCUGCCCGGCUACUACUCACAAACCAUGUACGGCACCUUGCUGGACCAAAAGGUCUUCGAAUCACUCGUCGAAAAGACGAUGCCCAUACUAUGGGAUCAUCUGGUCAAAUCAGACGUGCAGUUGUCCGUUGUUUCUCUACCUUGGUUUCUCUCGCUCUAUAUCAACUCUAUGCCUCUAAUCUUUGCUUUCCGCGUUCUUGAUGUUUUCUUCCUCGAAGGCCCAAAGGUUCUCUUCCAAAUCGGUUUAGCUAUUCUGCGCAUCAAUGGCGAGGAACUACUUGAUGCUACAGAUGACGGCACCUUCAUCUCAGUCUUGAAGUCGUACUUCUCAAGGCUCGACGAGUCUGCCCACCCGAAAUCAGAGAACCCAAAGCUGCGAGCAGUCACUCGAUUCCAGGAGCUCAUGGUGGUCGCGUUCAAAGAAUUUGCGGGCAUCACACAGAAUACCAUCUCCGAGCAGCGUGCGAAGCACAAGGAUGCCGUACUUGAGAAUAUCGAAAACUUCGCCAAGCGUACUUCAAUACGUAACCUCGGUCCCGAUAGCAAGAAGUUGAGUGUGAAUGAUCUUGGGUUCUUGUACGACAAAUUCUACGCCGUGUUGUACGAGCGACAACAAAGAGCUGAGAUAAUGCAACAAGAAGCCGAGCGCAAGGCAAAGGCCAGCAGGAUGAGAGCGACAGAAGUUGUGAUGGGUACAUCUGGAAACGCGGAGAAGGGUCGUGUGGCACUUGGACCUAGCCCUACCCAGAUGGACUACGAUGCCUUUAGAGAGUUCCUAGCUGGCAUCGCAAAGUGGGCAAUUACUGACUCACCGAGCUCACCACCCGAGGGUAGUGGCACUCAGUCUCCGCACUCGUACUUUGGAAACAGCAUGAGGAAACGCCCCCCGAUGUCACCAUGGGGCUCAGGACCGGAGCCAGCGGACCAUGAGUUCAUGCGACGCUUGUUCCGGCGUUGGGAUGUGGACAUGACCGACUCGUUAUCGCUACAGAAUGUCGUCACUGGUUUCGCGCAUGUCAAAGGCACGAAGGACAUCAUGUCCAACAUCAGCUACUUUUUCGAGUUAUACGAUGACGACGGCGAUGGCAGAGUAGAUCGUGAGGGUAUUUUGAGAAUUUCCGAAGCUCUUCUUUUCCUGUCGAGGCGAGGCGUCCACGACCCAAGCCCGGCUGCCUCGUCACUGGACGUAAGCUCGGAGGCAGGUUCAGAACGCAUCGGUCGCGACGAACAAUUCUUAAGUAGCGUUUCUGCCUUCAUUCGGCAUUGCUUCGAAUAUGCCGACCCCGAUCACCCUUCCAAUCAGUCAAAUAAGGCCGUCGAACAGGUCUCAGAGGAGGUUGACAACUUCGCAAUUGGUGACGACGAGGAAGAUGACUUGAUAGACUUCGGAUCUGAGCCAGCAACACCAAAAGCCACAGCAACCACGUUCGAGAAGUCGGACCAGAAUCCAAUGUCUCCAACACCAUCAAAUCAUACCACUGAAUCAGAGGUUGCAGAACGCAACGACAAGGCGAAGUCGGCGAACCUUGCGCUCGAUCCAAACAAGCCUCUUCACAUAACACUACCUACUUUCCGCAUGGUCAUUCUCGCCGAUGACGCAUUGCUGAAUUUCUUCGAAGUCGGCUUCUCGUCGUCUUUCCGUCUGGCCGAUGAGACGCUAUCCUCGGGUUCCAGCUUCCACAACCUCACCACUUUCGCCAAUGCUGGAAGGCAAGGCGGCGGAGGUGGAGGGUUGGGUGGUGUCGUUGGUGGUGCUGGCGCUGGUGUUGUGCCACCUGGCAAAGGCCUACGAGGCAUGCUUGACAACAUCGUCAACGACGGAAUGCGCGUCGCAACCGAAGUCAGGAGACGAUACGACGAAGCGCAAAAGGAGCUGGAUAAGGAAGCUCGACACGGACGAGAUGACGACGACGAUGAUGAGGAGGUUGAUGCGAAAGACCUGGAUCUACUGGAGGGUGCAGAAACGGUGGAUGUGGGUGCGUCGAAAGGAGAAGCCCCACUGGACCUACUGUCACCGACGGUACGACAGCCGCCAUUGCUGGAGAAGACGGUGCCGCAGCACUUUGACGAAGUUGUGAGGCAAUACGGUGACCGUAACGCAGUGAUAUCACACCAUCAACGUAUACGCCUGACUUAUGAUGCGCUCGAUCGCGACUCGAAUAGGCUUGCCAGGGGACUGCAGAAGCUCGGCGUGAAGAAAGGGGAAAGAGUCGCCGUAAGCUUGGGGAACAAUGCUGAGUUCGCUACUCUCACGUACGCGCUGUUCAAACUGGGAGCGAUACUGGUGCCACUGAAUCCCUCGUUCAACGCACCCCAAGUCCUCAACGCGAUCAAUCACCUAGAUGCCGCGCAUCUCAUCAUCGGAGCCGAAACGAAUCUCCCGCGUAAAGACCCACGAUCCAAUAUCUCGCUCCUCACACAUUUGAUACCCAACCUCGCCGGCUCGACCCUCGAAUCCGAACUCGUCCCGUCAUUGCAGAACGUCAUACUGGUAGACAACUCGCAAGGCAGGGUGGACCUGGGAGAUUACAGGUGUCUGAAGAGAUACGAGCACGUCGUUGAAGAUGGUGCUCAGGACAACGCGUUUGAAGAUCAAGGAUUGCAUCCGGAUGACAUCGUCAAUGUCCAAUUUACGUCUGGCACCACAAGCAUGCCGAAAGCUGCGUGCUUGAGUCAUAAGAGUAUCUUGAACAACGGAAAUAGCAUUGGCGACAGGAUGCUAUUAACGCCAGACGACGUUGUGUGCUGUCCGCCUCCGUUAUUCCAUUGCUUUGGAUGCAUUCUCGGAUACAUGGCCACAGCGACCCACGGCAGCGCCAUCGUCUUUCCAACCGAAGCCUUCAAUGCCCUCGCCACACUCGAAGCCGUUCGCGAAUACAAAUGCACAGCACUCUAUGGCGUCCCCACCAUGUUCGUCGCUGAACUGGAGCUGCUAGCUCACGGUGCUGUUCCCAAAGAUGGGUUUCAAUACCUGCGUACCGGUAUCGCGGCUGGCUCUGCGAUUCCCUCGGAACUCAUGCGCAAGCUGCACAAGAAUCUGAACUUGACUGAGUUGACCAUCUGCUACGGCAUGACCGAGACCUCUCCUGUAUCAGCCAUGACCACCACGGACGACCCCAUCGAAAAGCGCAUCGAUAGCGUCGGUCGUCUCCUCCCGCACGUUCGCGCCAAAGUUGUCAAUCCGUCAGACUGGUCGCGCACCCUUGACGUAGGCCAACGCGGCGAACUCGCGGUAUCAGGCUAUCUCCUUAUGAAAGGAUAUUGGGGUGAUACAGCACGUACGGAAGAGGUUUUACAGCCGGAUGAGGACGGAAUGCUAUGGAUGCAUACUGGUGACGAAGCUUCUAUGGACGAAGAAGGAUAUAUCAAGAUUACUGGCAGGAUAAAAGAUCUGAUCAUCAAGGGAGGCGAGAACAUCCACCCACUGGAGGUAGAGAAUUGUCUCUUCGCUCAUCCUGCUAUCAGCGAGGUUAGUGUUGUGGGUCUACCGGACGAGCGGUACGGUGAGGUUGUCGCAGCUUUCGUGGUUACGCAUGCUGGCGAUGACGGAAAGGUGACCGCGGAUGAGGUGCGAAGCUGGGUUAGGGAGAAGCUAAGCCAUCACUUAGUACCCAAGUACGUCUUUUGGGUAGACAACUACCCCAAAACUGCCAGUGGAAAGAUCCAGAAAUUCAAGCUAAAAGAGCGAGGGAUUGCGCUCUUGCAGGAAGGCAAAGGACUAAUCUAA